AUGCUACGCUUGGCCUAUGGUUUCAUCUUCUUGGUUGCCAGCGUUGUGGCAGCGCGGCGGCCGGUGAUCAUCAGUAGCGAUCCAGGGAUUGACGACUCCAUCGCGCUGCUCUUGGCGUUGUCCUCGCCGGAGUUGGAUGUCCGGGCAGUAUGUAUUAAUUUUGGCUCCCUUCACAACACCUCGCAGCUGGCACAGAAUGCGUUGGAUGUCCUUGCACUGGCCGGCCGAGAGGAUAUACCUGUCUUCCUAGGAGCAGCGGAUCCACUUUCGCAGCCUUUCCACGACUUGGGGGGCCCAAAAUUCCACGGCGUGGACGGCCUCGGAGGCGUCCGGCUGCCCCGGUCCCGGGCCAGCACGAACUCCUCGCUCACUGCGUCGGAGUUCAUCGUCCACGCCUGUCGAACUUGGCGGCCGGCACCACUUCUGAUAUCCUUGGCGCCUCUGACGAAUGUGGCGUUGGCAUUGAACUUCGAGCCGAAGUUGCCAGAGAUGUGCCCAGACUUGUUCAUGAUGGGCGGGACUGUGACGGCGCCCGGGAACGUUGGGCCCCUCUCCGAGGCAAACAUUGCCAAUGAUCCGGAGGCGGCAGCGCGCGUGCUUGCUGCGGGCUUUGACACGAAGGUGGCUGCGCUAGAUGUUACCAUGGCAUCCUGGCUAACGCCCGAGUUCCUAGCCUCUCUCCGUGUUGUUCCCAACUUUGCAGGCCCCUUCAUCUGGAACAUCACGCGCUUCUAUGAGCGGGCCUACGAGACCGUCGGAGGAUACGAGGGCGGCAUGCCCCU